AUGACAGGGCGCACAUUGCCAGGAGACGACGACGACGAUUUGUACGACCAGGAUCCCUUCCACGAUGCCUUUGAGUAUCAAUCGCACGAUCCAAGCAGGACUCUGUCCGUGGCAAACGCCGUGAUCGGUCUCAUAGCGGCCUCCAUACAAAUAUACUACGAUGUAUUCGAUACCGCGGGCGAGCUUGACCCCAUAGACCGAGUCGUUCUAAGUGCGCCCAUCACAGCGCUCAAAGGCUUCAAGCCGUCCAUCCAACUCAUCUAUAAAUUCUUCCGGCGCUUUGAGAAUCGAGAACUUACCUUAGCGCACCGCGCGGAGCUUCUAUCUCUCGAUAUGAUUAUAAUCGCAACCUCCGAAGCAGCCCUUGCCCUCUCAGAACUAGGCUUUACGCUGCACGACAUUGUGCACAUGUCUCACACGCAGGGCAUGAAGCUCAAGACCGCUGUAGAGCGCUGCUCGACACGCCUCACGCAGGCAUCGGAGCGCAUUAGCACAUGCGAGCGAAUCAUGACGAAGAUGCUCACCGUGCUCCAAAUAAGCGUAGAAGCCGAAGCCCAGCAACACCUGGCUGGCAUUGAAACCAGCCUUGUCAAAAUCCUCGACACGAACCCGCCUCUAGCUGAACGUCUCAACUCGAUGCGCGACAUCUUUGGCGCCCGCGCCCUUGUUCCAGAGGAGCGCCUCGAGGCCGCCCUUGACAGAGAGCCGCCCAGGUACUCGGUCCCUACAGACAAUCGCAGCCAGACAACUCUCCCUGGCUAUACGGCGCGCACGGCCAGCGGCGCUCACACGGACGGCUCAGUCACUAUUCAGGCGACAAGUCGCACAAUCUUCUCGGGACUGACGCUGGGCGAUAUCUCCAUCCUCUCGCUGCUUCCGCUGCCUAUUGUCUGCGACGAGCUGCGCUACGGGCCCGAGUUCUACACAUUCGAGUACUCGCGACUGGUCAAUGACUCUCUCGGCGCGCUUGCUGAGAAGAAUGUCCGGGAGAAGGCGAAGCAGAUGUGCACCAUCUUGGGUCUGCGCCCGUGGGGUUCUGUGGCAGAGGACUCAGAGAACUUUGCAAAGAACGUCAACGGCGGCGUCCGAGUAGCAUUCUCAGGCGCCACUACACGCGGUUUGUCCUUUUGA